AUGCUCUUUAACUUUUCAAAUAGCAUUGUUUGCAUUGAAAAUGAAGGUAAACCAUUAAGAGAAGCAGUUGGAGAAAUACUUUACGGCGCUAGCUAUAUUGAAUGGUUUGCCGAAGAAGCAAAACGUAUUCAUGGUGAUGUUCUUCCAUCAAUAUUACCUGAUCGUCGUUCAUUCGUAAUUCGUCAACCUAUUGGUGUUUGUGGUUUUAUAACACCAUGGAAUUUUCCUAGUUCAAUGAUCUUACGUAAAGCAGGUGCAGCAUUGGCUGCUGGUUGUACUGUUGUUGUUAAACCUGCUGAAGAUACACCAUAUUCAUGUCUAGCUGUUUGUGAUUUAGCUAAAGAAGCAGGAUUUCCGGAUGGUUCAUUUAACGUGAUAACCAGUGCCCGUUCGGCUGAAGUGGGCAAAUUUUUGUGUGAACAUCCAUUGAUUUCAAAAAUGUCAUUUACUGGAUCGACCGAAGUUGGUAAAAAGAUUAUGGCUAUGUGCGCAUCAACAGUAAAAAAGAUAUCCUUGGAACUUGGUGGUAAUGCACCAUUUAUAGUUUUUAAUUCAGCUGAUGUUAAACAGGCUGUACAAGGCGCUAUGGCAUCUAAAUUCCGUGCUUCAGGGCAAACAUGUGUAUGUGCAAAUCGAAUUCUUGUACAAGAAGGAAUCUACGAUGAAUUUAUGAGUGAAUUUAUAAAGAAGACUAAAGAACAAGUAGUUGGUGAUGGUCUUAAUGAAAGCAUAAAUUUAGGACCUGUGAUUAAUCAAGAUCAAUAUGAAAGAAUUAUUGAUUUUAUUUCAGACGCGAAAGAACGAGGAGCUAAAAUUGUAACUGGUGGAAAAGAAAAAAAAGGAAAAACUUCAGGCUUUUUUAUUCAACCAGCAAUUGUUACCGAUGUUAAUCUAUCGAUGCGAGUUGCUAAAGAAGAAAUAUUUGGACCCGUAGCUGCAAUUAUUAAAUUUAAAACUGAAGAUGAAGCAGUUAACAUCGCUAAUUCAGUUGAUGUUGGUUUAGCUGCUUAUGUCUUUAGUCAAGAUAUAUCUCAAAUUUGGCGCGUUGCUGAGCGAAUUCAAACUGGUAUGGUCGGUUUAAAUGAAGGAAUCAUUUCAUCUGUUGAAGCACCAUUCGGUGGAAUCAAACAGAGUGGCUUUGGUCGUGAAGGGUCCAAAUAUGGCAUAGAUGAUUAUGUUAACAUGAAAUACAUUUGUUUGGGUGGCUUAAAAGGUCUUGAUCGAGGUUCGCAAUAA